AGAAAAGAAAGACGAUAAAACUUUGAUCAUUUUCGGAUCAGUCAUCCUGAGUGGCUCUGGGAUUCUAAACUUCCUCCUACCAUUGAUAACCUAUUUGGUUGUUUCCCGAGCCUAUUCAAGAAAAGCGAAGGUGUGUCAACCUUAUCCAGUCAUCUCUGGUAUGAAUUUGAAGCAUUUCACUUAUGAGGAGCUAAACAACGCUAUGAACCAAUUCGAGGAAGAACUAGGACGCGGUGCUUCUGCAAUAGUCUUCAAAGGAGUUCUAGCCUCUGAUAAUGGGAAGAGCGUUGCUGUCAAAAGCUUAGACACUAGGGCCAGAGAAAAUGAAUUGGAAUUCAAAGCGGAAGUGAGUGCUAUUGGCAGAACAAACCACAGAAAUUUAGUCCAGCUACUUGGAUUUUGUUACGAGGGAGAGCACCGAAUUCUUGUGUAUGAGUUUAUGAGCAACGGAUCUUUAGCAGGUGUCCUCUUUGGUGAGUCAAAGCCAAACUGGUACCAAAGGAGGCAAAUCGCCUUGGAAAUUGCAAGAGGGUUGUUAUAUUUGCACGAGGAAAGUAGCAACCAAAUCAUACAUUGGGACAUCAAGCCUCAAAACAUUCUUCUUGAUGACUCUCUCACUGCAAGAAUUUCUGACUUCGGUUUAGCAAAGCUUUUGAGAAUCGACCAGACUCUAACCACGACCGGAAUUAGGGGAACAAAAGGUUAUGUGGCCCCUGAAUGGUUCAAAAGGUUGCCUAUCACGGCCAAGGUUGAUAUUUACAGCUACGGAAUUCUAUUGUUAGAGAUUAUUUUCUGCAGGAAGCAUUUCGAGGCAGCGGCUGAGGAUGAAGGUCCAAUGAUAUUAGCUGAUUGGGCGUACGAUUGCUAUAAGCAGAAUAAGCUGCACCAGCUAUUCAAGAAUAACGAUGAGGCAAUGCAUGACAUGAAGAUGGUGGAGAAGUAUGUGAUGAUUGCAAUAUGGUGCAUUCAGGAGGAUCCAUCGCUUAGACCUAACAUGAAGAAUGUCACAUUGAUGAUCGAAGGAACCGUCGAAGUCUCAGCUCCACCCGAUCCAUCUUCUUUCAUAAGUUCAAUACUUUAAGUUCUUCCGAUAAUAAUCCCAUUUCUUAUGUAUAU